AUGGAACAACGUCCAAAUGAGCAGGUUGCUCUGCAGGUCAAUGAACAGCUGUCGAGCAGUGAUAAUGAAGUACAUUUGUUGGUGAUUGAUGAUGCCACAAGUGAAGAAGUUAUUAAUGAUGGCACUGCAGCAGAAACUGGUGCAUUAAAUGACGCAUGUCUUGAGUCAGAGAUGGAUUCAAAAACCAAAGCACUGGAAGUGGAUAAAAAUGCAGGAUUUGAAUGUGGAACUGUUGAGGCACAAUUGAAAACACAAAAAGUUGAACAGAGUACAAUUAACUUGGCAGACCAUGGUGGAAGUGGAGAGCCGUGUGCUCAGAUAGCAUUCAAAAGUGAUACAGGAGAAGUGUCAGAAAGUAAGCCAGAGGCUAGUGAAUGUAUAGAGCUUACUCGAACUGUCAAUCAAACGUAUUGUCCUUCAUCAGAGACAUCAAAGCAGGCAGAGCCUACAGAUUGGACCAAAUGCAUAUCUUACCCCUCUAACAAAUUUGGUUCCGCAAGUCCUUUUGAUACAAAAAUAACCAAGGACCUGAUGUCCAGGAUGGAGCACGAAUCUUCUCAGGAUGCAUUGCUGGAUGAGCUAGAAUCAGAGUUUAACAUUUUUUCAACAGAAUCCUCCGUGAGCUGCAGUUUACCUAAUGGAAUUACAAAAGAAAACAGUGCUGUAGUCAUGCUGAAUGAGUCAAUACAAAGCAAAUGUCUACAACAAGAAAAGAAAAUAAAGAAACUGAUGGAAGAAAACAGAAAACACCAGGAAAUGAUUGUGGAGAUCUGUGCAGAGAAAGACAAUUUAAAAGAUGAAUUGAAAAAGCGAUCUGAAACAGAGAAACAAUACAUCAGCACUAUAAAACAGAUGGAAACCCAAGUUGAAAAUCUUAUGAAGGAAAUAAAAAUGACGAAGGAGCGAUUGAUCUCUCAAGAUGCUGCUGCCAAAAAUGCCAUUCACCAGUUGCAAAGAAAUGUAACUUUUCGGAUAGAACAAACCAACAAAAAAUGUGAGGAGGCUCGUCAGGAGAAAGAAGCUAUGGUAAUGAAGUAUGUACGAGGAGAGAAAGAAGCCCUUGACCUUCGAAAAGAGAAGGAAGGAAUUGAAAAAAAAUUAAGGGAUGCAAAUAGAGAACUGGAGAAGUUGACAAUUAAGACCAAGCAGCUCACACAAGAGAAGGCUAGAUUACAACAGCUCUAUGAUGCAAAGGAAGGAGAAGCAACAAAGCUCAACAAAGAUGUUGAAAAACUGAAGGAAGACAUCAACUCCAACAUCAUCAAAGUGAAAUGGGCCCAAAAUAAAUUGAAAAAUGAAAUGGAUACACACAAGGAAACCAGAGAAAAAUUGAAGGAAACAACAGUCAAAUUAACUCAAGCUAAAGAAGAGACUGAACAGAUCCGGAGAAACUGCCAAGACAUCAUCAAAACCUACCAGGAGUCUGAGGAAAUUAGAUCCAAUGAGUUGGAUGCCAAACUGCGUGAGACUAAAGGUGAACUAGAAAAACACUUGCAGGAAAAAUCAGAUCAAAUGGAGAUUCGUCAUGCUAAAAUAAAAGAACUUGAUGACCUGAAGAAAACAUUCAAGGAAGGGAUGGAUGAGUUGCAUACUUUAAGAACAAAGGUUAAAUGCCUUGAGGAUGAACGUUUGAGGACUGAAGAUGAACUGUCAAAAUAUAAAGAAAUUAUCAAUCGGCAGAAAGCAGAAUGCCAGUCUUUGCAUGAACGAGUAAAGAUAGUAAACCACUUGCAAGAACAACUUGAAAGAAAUGAACAAGAGAUUCAGUCACUGAAGGAGGAGGUUGACAGCCUGAACGCGCUCAUUACAGAUCUGCAGGAAGACAUUGAAGGGAGUCGCAAAAAAGAAUCUGAGUUGCUUCUGUUUACAGAGAAACUGACCAGCAAAAAUGCACAACUUCAGUCUGAGAAUAACACACUGCAGACACAACUUGACAAACUAAAUAUUCAUGAGCAGGAACUGAGUGCACAACUUGAAGAGUUGGGACACACCAAUGCUGAGCUGGUGGACAGAUUGCAGAAAGAACAGCAACUGCGACAGCAGGAUGUGAAAACUCUGCAGAAUGAGGUGAUAUCUGAACAGAAGGAAGUGAGUAAAUUGGCUUUACAAGUGGAGGAGCUUAAAGAUGACCUUGUCACACAGAAACGAAAGAAAGCAACUAAUAUUAAGGACCUCACAAAACAGCUUCAGCAAGCACGACGGCGAUUAGAGCAAAUAGAAAAUGGCAACUAUGACAGCAAAGAGGCAAGCAGCAUGGGAAGUCGUUCAAGUUCAUCAGGUAAAAGAAAAAGUUCUCUCGAUGCUCGGUGCAGUAAAGAAGAGCGAUCUCCAGAGAAUACUGGCUGUACUGUACAGGCUGAUAGCUUCCCCGAAGUGGACAAGACCGUACUGAUAGAGCGUAUUGUGCGGCUGCAGAAAGCUCAUGCACGCAAAAAUGAAAAAAUUGAAUUCAUGGAGGAUCAUAUUAAACAGCUCGUGGAGGAAAUCCGAAAGAAAACAAGAAUCAUUCAGACUUAUGUUCUGAGGGAAGAAUCUGGUGCCCUGUCCUCAGAAGCAUCUGAUUUCAAUAAGGCCCAGUUGAGCAGACGUGGUGGAAUCAUGGCUUCACUUUACACAUCACAUCCAGCAGACAGUGGACUAACAAUGGAACUCUCAUUGGAAAUAAACAGGAAGUUGCAAGCUGUGCUAGAAGACACAUUGUUAAAGAAUAUAACACUUAAGGAAAACUUGCAGACGCUGGGUACAGAAAUAGAACGUCUGAUCAAGUGCCAGCACGAAUUAGAGCAGCAACUAAAGCAUUGAAUUGGCACCAUUCUCUGUUUAAGCAACUCCAUUGUGAAUUCAAGGGAACAGGUGCUGGACAGGCAGAGAUCGCACAUCACUCAUGACUCGGACAAGUAUAUCUUAUCUGCACUCCACAAGAAGAUAAUGUUGCUUCCACCAACACGCAGGUUUGAAAUAUUCGGUAUGCUGCAAUGAACUGACUUUUCUGGAACCUUACUUUUUGAAGCAAAUUUUAUGUUAACACUUCCAAGUUGCAACACACAUUAUAGUCGGCUGCAAAAAUGAUGAAAGAAGACUGCUACGAUUUGCACAGAAUAACGAUUAGUGGAUUUUGACCAUUCUUCUGUGCUCUUUGCUCUUUUUAAAAAAAAGCAAUGAAUAUUGUGCAUUCUUACUUGAUGGGUUAUCCUGGGGACUAUAGUGCAAUUAUACAAUGCAGCUCCUGUUCAUUUUUAACUGACAACCUAAGUGAUUUUUAAUUUUAAAAUCCAUUUGAUUUAUGGGUAAGCUAAAUUCAUAUAGUGCUAAGGCAAAUAAAGUGCAUAUCCAUCCUACUGUAUGCCAAAUUUGGCUUUCUGGCUUUGACACUAAAAGUUCUUAUUGACACUUCUGGAAAUGAAAUAUUUCAUUUCCAUGUGUUUUACGUCAUAGAAUGAAUGCAUUGUCUGGUAAACUAAAAUAGUGAUAGCAGUUGAUCAACCCACAAUCAAAUCUAGUAAAUAGGUUUGGCUAUUGAUUGAUCAUAUGCCUAAGUGAAAGAAGUUUCUAAGACUCUAAUAGCAUGUUACUAAUGCUGAUAUUAGAAAAUAGUUCAAUUUCUUAAAUAAAAUUUUGAAAGAAACGUUAUCACUUUUUUUCAGAAAGAAACUGAAGAUCCAGAACUGAAUUAUGUGAUUAAUAACUAGUUGCCUAGCUUGCUUACAAAUAGUGUGCAUUGACCAAUCAUCAACUUCAAAUUUCUCAAUCGGUGAAUCAAUACUGUUUAAUCAGGAAUCUGAUGUUGCCAUUGCAUGAGAAUUGACUAUUUUAUAAGAAACCUAAUUACUCCCUGCAAAAUGUAAUGGAAAUGCACUUUAAACUCAAAUUAUUACCUUCCAAAUUGCACAGUAUGUAUCUGUUGCUGUCCAUAUUGCAGACUCCUUUUGAUUUUUUUCAAUUUUUUCUGGUUUUUUUGUAGUCAUUCGCUCGCCGUACGUUGUGAAAGUGAUGUGGUAGUUUAUUUUGAAAAUUAAUUUGUAAAAUUGAGUUGUAGAUAUCUCUCUGUAUAAAGCGAACAGUUUUUAAAGUUUUAAUCUAUUAUGUAUAUAUGGCAUAUUGAAUUAAUAAAUUACACUUUGUGUCUUA